UCCCCCUUCCCUGCCGCCGCGGCCCCAGCCCCCAUUCCCCUAGUCGCUGCUCUCACUGCUCCGCUCCGUGCCUCCCAGCGGGCUGCUCUCUCCUCCCGACGAUGGCGCGCGGUGGCCGCAGCCGCCUCCUGGGACUCGCCCUGGGGCUGCUGCUGGCUUUCGCGCUGGCUCCCCGGGCGCUGCGGGCCAAGCCCACCGUGCGCAAGGAGCGCGUGGUGCGGCCAGACUCGGAGCUGGGCGAGCGGCCGCCCGAGGACAACCAGAGCUUCCAGUACGACCACGAGGCCUUCCUGGGCAAGGAGGACUCUAAGACCUUCGACCAGCUCACCUCGGAGGAGAGCAAAGAGAGGCUGGGGAAGAUUGUUGAUCGAAUUGACAGUGAUGGGGACGGCUUUGUCACCACUGAAGAGCUGAAAACCUGGAUCAAACGGGUGCAGAAAAGAUACAUCUAUGAUAAUGUCGCUAAAGUCUGGAAGGAUUACGAUCGGGACAGAGACGAUAAAAUUUCCUGGGAAGAAUACAAACAAGCUACCUAUGGUUACUACCUAGGAAACCCCACAGAGUUCCAUGAUUCUUCAGAUCAUCACACCUUUAAAAAGAUGCUGCCACGUGACGAGAGAAGGUUCAAAGCUGCAGACCUCGAUGGGGACCUGACAGCCACUCGGGAGGAAUUCACUGCCUUUCUCCACCCAGAGGAGUUUGAGCACAUGAAAGAAAUUGUGGUUUUGGAAACUCUGGAGGACAUCGACAAGAACGGGGAUGGGUUUGUGGAUCAAGAUGAGUACAUUGCGGAUAUGUUUUCCCAUGAGGAGAACGGCCCUGAGCCAGACUGGGUUUUGUCAGAACGGGAGCAGUUUAAUGAAUUCCGAGAUCUAAACAAGGACGGGAAGUUGGACAAAGAUGAAAUUCGCCACUGGAUCCUCCCUCAAGACUAUGACCACGCGCAGGCAGAGGCCAGACAUUUGGUGUAUGAGUCGGACAAAAACAGGGAUGAGAAGCUAACUAAAGAGGAGAUACUGGAGAACUGGAACAUGUUUGUUGGAAGCCAAGCUACCAAUUAUGGAGAAGACCUCACAAAGAAUCAUGAUGAACUUUGAUACAGACUCACCAUGUAGAGCAGGCUGUCAUAAGCUUUCUUUUAUUGUCUUGCAUGGUUGCUACAGUUUAAUUUAUAGCAGUUGUGUCCCUGAAACAGCAAAUUUAUAACUUCAGAUUGGGGUUAAAGUUGGUUUUCACUCAGUAUUUACUGGAAAAUAAUCAUUGCUAUUCCUUCAUUAAGAUUGCUCUAUGAGCAUAUUAAAAUCUCAGUAAAUCACAAUGUUCUGUGGGAAUACAUUGCUAAAACAUGACUUUAGCUUUUUCCAUUGAAUUUAAAGGGGGAUAAAAUUAGAAAAAGCCCAGUUAUUCAGAAGUUGGGUGGGUUGGGGGGACAAUGUAUGGAGUGACUGCUGUGUAUUUUAACUGCAGAUUUUUAUAUUUGCCACUAUUGAAUGGCUGGCGAGGGAAAAUUCUGAUGAAGCUACAGUGGUAUUGUCCUAUGUAGGCUUAUUUCAGAACAAGUCUAAUACUUCAGACUCUUCCUUCUUGACUUUGUACUCUGAUCUGUUACUGUAAACGGUAUAUAAAACUUACGUGCAUUUUUCUGUAUGGACCUGGUAAUGUGCACAACAAAUCCAGAUCUUUGUUUUUUGUUUUUGUUUUUACAAUAAGAAACAAUGGAGAAAGAUAAU